AUGGACACGACAUACCAUGUUCACGGCCUCAGGAACGCUAUACAGUCUUCCGGCCUUCUUGAGGAACAUCAAAAUGCCAUCAUCACCGGCGGAGGGCCAAAGAGGCCUACUGACCCGGACCAGUUGGCCUACUUCAUACGCCUGAUCACCGCAAUCCGAGACGGUCGCCGCAUUACCACCACAUACAACAUUGUCGUGCUCUUCAUCAUCACUGUCCUCGCCUUGUUCCACUUGCGUGGGAAAGCAAGGACUUUGAAGAAGCGGACACGACAAGCUGAGCUGGAGCAGAGACGAUUCAGACGAACGUCACGAACCCAAACCGGGGGUGACCGUGAAGCUGAAGAUGCCAGCCUCUCCCCCCUCUCAUCCUCAUCCAGCAGCACAGCAGUCGAAGGCACAGCUGCCCCUCCAUGUGCCACGAAGAACGACACUACAAACGUCCAAAUUGAUAUCGAGCGAGUGCCCCUUCUACCCAGCGCAUCUUCACCAACCCCUCCUGCGGGCCGUACACCGAGCCUCGGGAAUCUCAUCACCGCCUGGUUGAUGUACCAACCACGUCCCCCCAUCCCCCUCAUCAACAAGACCCUCCCACCCAACGGGACCUCGCUCUUCAUCCUCUCCUUCCUCGCCUUAAACGUCUUCUAUCACCUCUACCGCGUCCCGCUCGAACCCGCCUACUUCUUCGCCUUCGCCGACCGCGCAGCCUGCAUCUUCAUCGUCAACCUGCCCCUUCUCUACCUCCUCGCCGCCAAGAACCAGCCCCUGAAGCUUCUGACCGGCUGCUCCUACGAGAGCCUCAACAUCUUCCACCGCCGGCUCGGCGAGCUGCUCUGCGCGGAGGCCGCCGUUCACUCCCUCGGCAUGCUGGCCUUCCAGGCGUGGUUGGCGCCCGACUGGCUCCUGGACGGCACCACCUGGGACUUUCUGCGCAACCGCCUGGCUCUCCUGGGAAUGGGCACUUUUGUCAGCUACGAGCUCCUCUACUUGACCUCCCUGGCCAGUUUCCGCCAAAAGUGGUACGAGCUGUUCCUCGCCUCGCACGUCGUCCUCCACGUGGCCGCUCUCGUCCUGCUGUGGUUCCACUUCUCCACCAGUCGCCCUUACGUCGCCGUCUCCCUCGCCAUCUUCGUCCUCGACCGCAUCGCGUGGAGGUUGGUCAUCAAGAGUACCGUCGUGGUGGCCGAUGUCACGGUUCUCCCGGACGGCGACACGCUGUUGCUCUCCGCCGAUUGGGACUUGCCAUCUUCCCAAUUGCCGCCGCCGUCGCCGCCGCCUCCCAAGGGGUUGUUCGGUUUGUGGUCCUCUUGUGCCCGGCGGCUGGGCUGGACGCACCGUGGCGUCAAGGCCGGCUGGAAACCAACCGACCACGUCUUCCUCACGGUACCCGCCCUGGGCCGCACGCAUGCGCUCCAGACACACCCCUUCACCAUCGCUUCCGCAGCGCCCGUGCCAGUUCAAUCGUCCGACGGCGUGAGCGUCACACAUGCCUGGUUCAGCCUUCUCAUCCGGGCCCAGUCGGGCUUCACCACCGACCUCCUCCACUACGCCCACCGACACCGUUCCGUGUCCGUUCGUCUGGACGGUCCGUACGGGUCUUCCCACGCCCUGCAUACCCUCGAGGCGGCAGAUGACGUCGUCCUCGUCGCCGGGGGUUCGGGCAUCGCCGUCGCCUUUCCGCUCGUCUGGGCCUUGUUGAUGGACGACGAUGCGAAGACGGCGAGAGGACCCAUCAAGAUGGCAGCAACGUCGCACGCCGAAGACCCGAAAGCCGGUGUCCCGUCGCGACGCGUCCAUCUCUUGUGGAUCGUUCAUUCUCGGGAGCACCAACACUGGAUACCCUCCGCUAUGUGGGACGACCUGGUGUCGGCCGGCUUGGACCUCGUCAUUCCGGGUCCCACCGCCGUCGAAGGGCGACCGGACGUUGGAGGAUACGUGGGGGGGUGGCUUUUCGAUUCGGCUUCGCGAGGACGGGACGUCGGCGUCCUGGUUUCGGGCCCGGACGGGCUCAACCGCGUUGUGAGGAAUACGUGUGCCGGCGCCUUGGCUCGAGGGGCCGAUGUCAGAUUAGUUGUCGAGAAGUUCGGCUGGUAG